UGAUUCGUAGAUGAUUUUAUCUACCAAAAGGAAGCUGCUUGCCUGUCUUCGCGGUCUGUUUGUCACCACUUUCUCUUUCUUCCUCUGAUUUCAACACGAAAUACUGUCAUCGAUUUUCUCUUUCUACCAGCCCUAAUUCAAAGUUCUCCUUUGUAUAUUUUUUACAAAUUGGACCUGGUUUUUAUCAUAAACCUUCUAAAACAAAAAAUUAAUUAUCUUCUAGACCUCUAUAUAUCCUUUAUUCUUUGGCAUUUUAUUUUUAUUUAUUUCUUCCACAUUUGGGAAGCAAGGGAGGGUUCUCUGAGCUGCUUCUUCGACAAUGAACGACCUUCUAUCUGAGUCCUUUGAGAUCCCUCGUGGUCAGGGAUCUAGAGGUGGUGAUGUUGAGAUGGGAAUGACUUCUAAUGAAUUGGGCUUGGAAAAUUUCUUUAAAAAGGUUCAAGAAAUAGAAAAACAAAAUGAGAAGCUGGACAAGCUACUUAAACGGCUCCAGGAUGCACACGAAGAGUCGAAGGCUGUGACUAAAGCUCCCGCCAUGAAAGGAAUCAAGCAGCGAAUGGAGAAAGAUGUCGAUGAAGUUGGAAAAAUUGCUCGUUCUGUGAAGUCAAAAAUUGAGGAACUUGACAGAGAGAAUUUAGCAAAUAGACAGAAACCAGGAUGUGGAAAAGGAACAGGUGUAGACCGAUCAAGAACCUCGACAACUAUGGCCUUGAAAAAGAAGUUGAAAGACAAGAUGGCAGAAUUUCAGAAUCUAAGGGAAAAUAUCCAUCAAGAGUAUCGGGAGGUUGUUGAAAGGCGUGUUUUUACAGUAACGGGAGCAAGAGCAGAUGAAGAGACAAUUGACAGAUUGAUUGAAACUGGAGACAGCGAACAAAUUUUUCAGAAAGCAAUUCAGGAGCAAGGGCGAGGCCAGAUAAUGGAUACUCUUGCAGAAAUUCAAGAGCGCCAUGAUGCUGUGCGAGAUUUGGAGAGGAAACUUCUAGACUUACAACAGAUUUUUCUGGAUAUGGCUGUUUUGGUGGAUGCACAAGGAGAAAUGCUUGAUAACAUUGAAUCACAGGUCUCAAGUGCUGUAGAUCAUGUGCAAUCAGGGAAUACUGCACUUCAAAGGGCGAAAAAGUUGCAAAGGAAUUCAAGGAAAUGGAUGUGUAUUGCCAUCAUUAUCCUUCUCCUUAUUGUUGUAAUUAUCGUUGUUGCGGUGAUCAAGCCUUGGAAUAGCAACAAGGGUGCUUAGCAUUUAUUUUCUGUUUGUAUACUGUAUAAAUGAGUGAUGCACCAGCUUUUGGAUCCCUUUCGGCAAUCUGUCUAUCGUUUUGCAGUUCAUUUACGAUGUCUCAGCUUCUGUUCGUUGGAUUCAAUUAACAAAUUUGGUUGGGUUUGUUCUACUUCUUACUAUAGUGUCUAUUUUCUUUUAUUUUCAUCGAA